ACUAUGUUAAGCGAUGGAUUAUUAACGUGGUGAUUGCCUACACCUACACCAAAAAGCCCUCAGUAUAGCUAAUACAAAAGAUAAGAUAUACAAGGGUUGUUAUAUGUAUAUGGAUGGAUAUAGACGAUCAAGCUGUACCGUCUAAUUAACAACUUCGCAUCUGAUUCGAGCAAGAGCAGUGCCAGUCCGCCUAGAGCUGUACUGUACCUUUCUUUUGGUACUGCUGUGCUGUGCUACUUAAGAUACACACACGGGCGGCUACGACUACGAAUUGCCUCCGGCUAGAGCGAUAGUCCACCAAGUCAAUGGCGGCGGAGCAGUGCCAGUCCUCAGGCGGCAGCUCGCCGCGGCCUCGCGCCGCAUACACCAUCGGCUACGCGAUGCUGCCCAACAAGCACGAUACCUUCGUCCAGCCGUCGUUCAUCGACCUGGCAGCGCAGCACGGCAUCCGGCUCGUGGCGCUCGACGCCUCCAGGCCGCUCGCGGAGCAGGGCCCCCAGCUGGACCUCGUCGUGCACAAGCUGUACGGCCAGGCGUGGCGCGCGCGGCUGGAGGCCUUCUCGGCGCUCCACCCGGACGUCCCAAUCAUCGACCCGCCCGCCGCCAUCGACCGCAUCCUGGACCGCUUCACCAUGCUGGACGUCGUCUCGGGGCUCGACUGCGUGGCCGUGCCCAGGCAGGUCAUGGUCCACGACGCCGGGGCCCUGCAGCAGGCCGCCGACGCCGCCGCCGACGACGUGCUCGGCCUCGGCGGCCUCCGGUUCCCGCUCGUCGCCAAGCCCGUGGAGGUGGACGGCAGCGCGGCGUCGCACGACCUCUGCCUGGUGUACCGCCGCGAGGGCCUGCGCGGCCUGCGCGGCCGCCCGCCGCUCGUGCUGCAGGAGUUCGCCAACCACGGCGGCGUGCUCUUCAAGGUGUACGUGGUGGGCGACCGCGCCACGUGCGUGGUGCGGAGCAGCCUGCCGGACGUGCCGCCGGAGCGCCUCCGGGACCCCGCCGCCGCCGCCGCGGCCCCCUUCGCCAACAUCUCCCUCCUCGCCCCCAGCGGCGGCGACGAGGGCUCCGAGAAGGUGGUACCGCCGCCCCAGGACUUCGUCGACAGGGUCGCCCGCGAGAUCCGGCGGGCAGUGGGCCUGCACCUCAUCAACUUCGACCUCAUCCGGACGAGGGACGACGCUGCAGGCGGCGACGCCAAUAAGUACCUCGUCCUCGACAUCAACUACUGCCCGGGCUACUCCAAAAUGCCCGGCUUUGAGCCUGUCCUCACUGAAUUCUUCCUGGAGAGGCUUCGCUCUCGCAGCAGAAGCAUCGAUGAGCGGCCUGCCCCGGGGGCGGAGGCGAGGCAGGCAGAGGCAGAGGCAGAGGCCGAGCCCAGCAGCGCCACCAUCCCCAUCCCGCCGGGAGCGGAGGCGAGGCUGGCUCAGGCCUAAAUUCGCCAGGUUCCUCACAUCAUCCAGUUUGUUUAAUUUGGACCAUAUACACCAGUGAAGCGUGAAGUGAAGCCGCCUUGAUUCUAACCUUUCAUUGCAAAGGGAAUUAAAUAAACACCAGUUGCUUUGUACCCUUGAUCCAACCAAAUUAUCGUUGCAUGCGUUCAGCUGGUUCCUUUCAGCAAAUUUCUGCUUCUUCUAACGCA